AUGGCCAACUACAACGAGGUACAGCCUACUUCAUUUGGAUCCAAAAACAAAAAUAAGAAUUGGAAAGAUAAUAGAGGAGGAGCAGGAAAGCAAGGAGGGUUCAACCAAGGAGGAAAUCGAGACGGUCAUCGAGGUGGUCAUCGGGGUGGUCAUCGAGGUGGUCAUAGAGGUGGUAAUCGAGGAAUGGGGAACCGUGGAGGACAUGGCGUGUCGUUUAAUCGAGGAGGAUCAAACCACGGUAAUGAGUACAAUGAAGCUUACGGACAGGAAUGGGGUAAUGGAGGUUACCAAAGUCAUAACCCGAACUUUACUAACGAUACUAACUCCUUUAGAGAUGCAAAUAAUUCAUUCGAGAAAGACUUUCUUGGAGAAGAAGAGCACAAUCUUCAAGAGGACAGGACACUGAAAGUAGAUGCCCAAAUGCAACCCAUAAGCUAUAGCCAGAUAUCAAGACGUGAUACUAGAGACGGCACCCCACCAUCGCAAACAAGGGAUCACCCUCAACGUCGCAAUUCCACGACUCGAUAUUCAAAUGCAUCUCCACGGCACCUGAGUACUUGCAGUGUCGAUGCCAAUCCAGCACAAGCACCGAAUAUGUCAAUCAAUGCAUCUCUUGGUAAUGGGUCUUAUGAGCUUUCAUUCAACGAAUUCGCAGCAUUGAAACUAGGGGUUAUAAAUAGCUUUCAGGACAAACAAUUUAAAGACGCUGCCAAAGCCCAAUUGGCUUUCCUUCUCACAAAGGCAAGCGAGAACGGGCUAAGGGAAAAAAAUGACUGGUCGAGACAGAAGGUUCCCCUAUUGGAUGGUGGAGGAGAGUUGAUGUUGGUAUGGGAACAAGAAAAUGGCAACAUAAACAAUCCAGGUGCAAUAAACGUGGACGCCUCUCACCCAUCAGUACAAAUUGUUGAAAGCAUCAAUGAAAGUGCUUCUCAAUAUACAAAUUAUCCUUCAGGCGGUAUAUCUUCACAACGAGGCUCAGUUCAAAAUGGAAGUUAUGAAAGCAGAGGAUCUACUAACAAUGCAGAUGCCAUGAGUAUGGACGUACGGUCCCCCAUUCCAAUCACGAAAGAACCAGGACGGUAUUCAGCUUCAACACAAGCGGCUGACACAUUUCAAACCAGGCCUUAUGGGGCCUCCAAUGGCAAACGAGAUGCUGACGAUGACUUCGCGUCAAAUGAAAGAAAGCGACAAAGAGCGGAAAGAUUUCAAGCUACAAAUUUCUCAAGCUCAGCUCAACCAGUUCCUAAAACCGAGCAAAACGAUGGCCCAAUAGUUGGUCUCAAUACGAAUUUAGAAAAAUCGUACUUGCGAUUGACUUCCGAACCUGAUCCAUGGAAAGUGAGGCCGCAACAUGUUCUAGAGAAGAGUGUGGAUUACGUGCUAAGGAAAUACGAGUCAUUGCAAGGAAAGGAGGCAUUUAACUAUCUUAAUGACCAAUUCAAGUCCAUACGACAAGAUCUCACUGUUCAGCACAUAAAGAAUGAUUUUACCAUCUCCGUGUAUGAGAAGAAUGCCCAACUUUCGUUGAAACAUAAUGAUCUUGGUGAAUUCAAUCAAUGUCUAGGUCAAUUGAAGUUUCUUUAUAGCUACAAAAGACUGUCGUCCCCUGAUUGGCAAAAACGAUUCAUAUCCCGGGAAGUUGAAAUGAUCUGCUACAGGAUCAUAUACAUGAUGGUAACAAACAACAACAGUGAGAUUUGCAAAAUAAAGCUAGGAUUGCUUCAGGAUUACAAAGGGUUCCGAAGACAAGAUACAAAUGAAAUAUAUUUCAAUUUUAUCGCCUCAUUGUUCAAGCUCAAUGCUUACAAAAUUACGAACAAUUGCGUCCAAUUCUAUGAAGAGCUUGAUAAAUACAAGGGAUUUAAGGAUAUUGAGUUGGCAUUAAAGGUAAUAGCAAGCUUUUUGGACCAAAAAGUAAGGUUGUCAGGGCUUUUCAUUAUCUGCAGCUCGAAUCGACCGGGUAUGAAAAUGGAGUCUUUGCUGAAAAUGUUGAGCUUUCACGAUAUGAACGAUUGCGAGGUAUUUUUACGCCAACUACAGCUAGACACAUUUGCUACUAAAGGCGAAUUUCAUGCUUUCAAGGCCAAAGGUACUGUGAAAGCAUUGUACAAAAGGUCGGCGAAAGUGGACAUCAAGGGUCAAAUUUAG